AAUCCAAUAAUUGGUGACAAGUUUGCCAGUAGACAUGGCCAGAAAGGAGUCUGCAGUAUGAUGUAUCCAGUAGAGAACCUACCAUUUACAGAGAGUGGAAUGACUCCAGAUAUUAUCUUCAAUCCCCAUGGUUACCCUUCUAGAAUGACAAUAGGUAUGAUGAUUGAAUCAAUGGCAGGAAAGUCUGCUGCAUCGUAUGGACAUUGUUAUGAUGCCACGCCCUUCCAGUUUUCAGAAGAUGAUCCGGCAAUCGAUCACUUUGGAAACAUGUUAGUUAAAGCUGGCUAUAACUACCAUGGUACAGAGAGGUUUUACAGUGGGAUAGAUGGUCGGGAACUAGAGGCCAGUAUCUUCAUGGGUGUUGUCUACUAUCAGAGGCUUAGACAUAUGGUCUCUGACAAAUUUCAGGUGAGAACCACUGGACCUAUAGAUCAAGUCACAUACCAGCCUGUGAAGGGGCGUAAAAAAGGUGGUGGUGUAAGGUUCGGUGAGAUGGAAAGAGAUGCCUUAAUAUCACAUGGGACAUCAUUCCUUCUUCAAGAUAGACUUCUUAACUGCUCGGAUAAAUCUAUGGCACCAGUUUGCACUGACUGUGGAAGUUUAUUGUCUGUAUACAUGGAGAAGAGAGCGCCAUCUACAGCUGCUGCCUCACAUGAGAAGCAACUUCAGUGGUCGUGUCUACAUUGUAAAUCGUGUCAUAUAGAAAUUGUGACCAUACCCUAUGUGUUCAGAUACCUUGUGGCAGAACUUGCAGCUAUGAAUAUUAAGGUAGAAGUGACUGUGAAGGACUGAUUGCAGUUAUGAAAAUAGCGAAGAAUUCAUGUGAAAUAAUAGUUACUUGCCUCCCAGUUUUGUAUUGGUAAUACAUAGUAUACACCGAGGUUUACUUGCAUCUGGUCAUUGUGAUUCUAAAAUUGUGAAAUAGAGACACUUGAGGCAGAAUUUGCAAGAGGCUUAAAUUAUAAAGCAAGCUGUCAUUAUUGCUGUUUGACAAACCUGUGUUAAAGUAUCAUUGGCAAUCGAUUUGCCUUGUGAAUUUGAAACAGUCCAUUCAUAGUUACAGAAAAUAAACAAACAUUGGAAGUGCAGGCUAGCCUGGCUCUAUACUGAUGGCAAUGGCUUAUCACUUACGUUUUCAGUAGGUGAAGGGUUGCUUUCUGUCAUUUGUCUCCCUUUAAGUAUGAGAAAUUAAAGUCAUUGUUGCAAUUAAUAGUCAAAGAGAUUAUACAUUUGUAUUUGUAAAUGCUUUACCAGUUUUUUUGACAAGUAUUGUUAUAGAAUCUCUCAUUGUGUGUGUAUAUCUUAUUCACUCUAUACAUUAAUGAAAACACAUAAUUGUGAUGGUUUCACAAGUCAGCAUACGUGUAUACUCGCGUUUACGUGUAUACUCGCUCAAGUCUGUAUUUAUGUACAUGUGUUCUCACAACUCAGUAUAUAUUUGUAUUCAUAAGCUGGUAUUGAUGUGUACUCACAAUAUGUCCUACACAUGUACUUGGAUAUACACAUCUACCUACAAGUGUACUCGCAUAUCAGUAUAGAUAUUUUCAACAAGUAUCCUACCAAAGGACACCACUGAACUACACUGUUUCAAUGAAAGGUGCAUGUAUCAUUGCAUGCAUAAUGCAAAAAUAUUGAAAUAGUUAUCAUACAAGUUAGAGAAAAUUUAAUGACAUCACUGUAUUAUUGUAAUUUUAAAAUUACAUAGAUAUUUGUUUUUUAUGAAUAA